AUGUCCAAAUCACAAAAUGGUUUGCGGCAACGCAAAGGGAACACAACCCCCAAGGGGGCCCAGCGCUCCAGGUCGCCAGCGACGGAUUCUGACAAGACUGUCAACGGAGAACACGUUUCCAACGGUACGAGGGCAGAGGAGGUCGUGUGGGGCAAGACACCGAGCGGAGAAGUCUUCCGCGUACCGACCACGCACGACGUCCUGACCACCCUGUUCGACCCUAGAUAUCCAAAGAGUCAUCUAGACAUGCUUAACUUGGGCUUGCUUGGCUUGCAAUUGGUCCUGUUCUUUUGGUUGCCGCGAAAUCUUGGCCGGAUCUUCUUUUUCUUCUACUUUGCCUUCUGGCGUGCAGCUUAUGAUGCAGGUCUUGGCUGGGUGCUCACGAAGCAGAGCAAGAGGAAAUGGAUUGUGAAGGAGGUUCAGCGACGUGGUUGGCUCGAUGAGAAACGUCGUCCACUGGUUCGUGACUGGAUUCGAAAGCAGCUUCAGGACAAGAUGGGCAAGGACUAUUCGUUCGACGAACUGCCCUUGGAAUACAAUACCUGGUUGUUGUUCCGCCAACUGGUAGAUGUGAUCCUCGUCAAUGAUUUCCUGUCCUAUUGCAUGUUCGCCUUUUCCUGCUUCAGGACCCCUGAGGGCCUCUCGUUCAUCGUCCAUGUGAUGAGGUGGCUUGGUGGUAUUGCUCUCAUCGGCUUCAACUUGUGGGUCAAGACCGAGGCGCACAACGUCGUGAAGGAUUACGGAUGGUACUGGGGUGAUGUAUUCUUCCAACGUGGAAACCUUGUCUUUGACGGCGUUUUCGAAUUGGCUCCCCACCCAAUGUACUCAGUUGGCUACGCGGGAUACUACGGAUUGUCUCUCAUUUCUGGAAGCUAUGCCGUUCUCUUCGUCAGUCUCGCAGCUCAUGCGGCGCAAUUUGCAUUCCUCGUUUUCUUCGAGAACCCGCACAUCGAACGCAUGUAUGGGAAACCCAAGGCAAUCGCAAAAAGGACUCCGAUCACCACCCCCGCCCGUUCCGGACUGAACGCUGUCGCUUCUUCCAGCACUACUACAGGUUCCUCGACUCCCGUUGUAGAAGACGAGUCGACCCCAGCGAUCACGGAAGGAGAUACUGCUACGACCGAGACGGAGCUUGAGACGGAGAUCGAAGACACUGUUGUUAGCAAUGGUGCCGCGUUCCCUAAUGUCACGAAACCGUCGUCCACGCUUGGCUCUAAGCAUUUGAAACAGCGACAAUUAUCUAUCAGCAGUACGGGCUCAUCCAUCGGUGAACUCGACGAGGAACUCCACAGGCCCCAAGCUUUCAAGGCACCUCCCCAACCACAGAGGAAGAAACAGAAGAUUCUCUCGCAACACGAUCUGCUAAACAAAUAUUUCAGGCGUGAUGCUGUUGUCCUACGAAACGUGGACCUCUUCAGAGCAACCGACGCGAUGUUGGUUUUGAUCAUCUUCUAUGCGGCUGUGAUUACCUUCAUCCCUUCGGUCGGUCCUCGAGUCAUGCUCGCACUUCACUUUAUCCAUGCCUUAACCUGGCUCGGGAUCCACUACGUGGGUCUUGGAUUGCUGCUUCGUGCUCAAAGUCAGAGCAAGUUCCUUGUACGGCACUUCUUGAAGAACUACCACUAUCCUGAGAAGGACGCGGUGCAAGGUCCGAUAAUCGAGGCCUUUAGCAACUGGAAGGCCAUCUACAACCUCAGCUUGUGCAUGAAAUACGUUUCUUGCCUUGGUGUGGUCUGGAAAACGUAUUCAUUACCAAGUGACUGGGCCGUCGGAAAUGAACUCUUGUGCCAUACAUUGGGAACGCUCCUUGUAGGACUCCACAUCUGGGCUACCAUGGAAUCGUUCGAGGUCCUCGGCGUGUUUGGGUGGUUCUUCGGCGACUUUUUCAUGGAGGAGUUCCCUGCCCACCUAGAGUACACUGGAAUUUACAGAUACCUGAACAAUCCUGAAGCCAUGGGUGGCGCUGCGUGGUUCGGACUUUCUCUAAUCAGCGGUAGCAAGUUGGUUCUCGCCCUGGCCGUGGUCAGGCACCUCGUCAACUGGUGGUUCCUCACCACUGUCGAAAACCCUCACAUGCGCAAACUCUAUGGUGAUUCCCUCCGCAAGGACGCUGGAUUUGUCAAGGUCAUCAAGAACGUUGCCAACAAGAAUGCAAAGAUUCUUGAAUCUCGCGCUGGCAAGCAUGUUCCGGAGCUCAAGCGUGUUGUCAAAGAGGUCAAGGGUACGAUUGACAAGGUGUUCGAGGAGACCGCUGAGGCUGUGGAGGACUUCCUGGCGAAGUCGGGCCCCAAGUUCUCGGAAGUCGUUCAGGAUACCAAGGUCCUUUUGCAACAGUCCCGAGAGAAACUGGUUAUCACCCGUGUUGCGAACGAUAUCUCGUCGUAUGAUGCUACCAAAUACAAUGUCUCUAUUGUUCCAAGCUCCACCACCGGUACUCUCGCAUUCCAUCUCGGCGAACCUAUCACGGUGAAGUGGGAAGCACCUCACAACCAUUCCCGCAAAGACUGGAUCGGCCUCUAUCGGGUCGGGGCCAACAAGGACACCCUCGUCACGAAGACUUCCGCUAUGGGCAUGUGGCUGCCCGUCCAUGACGAAGAGUGGGACGGCGACGUUCCGCUGGGUCUUGAACGUGCCCCUUGCAGCAACCGCGAAUCUCAGACUGGGACGAUCACCUUCAAAGGCAACACGUUGCCUUGGCUCGUGGGCCGCUACGAGAUUCGAUACCACCAUGACGGAAAGUACAACGUCAUGAGUUUGGACGGACCUUUGGAGAUCUAUGUGGACAAACCAUCGGAUACUACGUUCUCUUCGGUCCGCGAAACACUCAUGCGCGUUGUCCCUCUGUGCUUGGACUCUGAUCCUUCGUUGAUGCCCGCUUCAUGCAAGAGAACGAGUGCUCCAUCCUCCUCCUCGGUUCCCAGUACACCAGCCGCAGAGGGCGAUCACGAUCCUGAAGUUGAAGACCGCGAUCCUGACGACUUUACAUUCUGGUCCGAACGACAGGCCAAGCGGAUUUCAGCGGCGAUCAAGCAGAUCUUUGGUGUGGACUACGCACCGGAGGUCAUCGUCGCGGAUGCGAACCUUACGAUCCUCGCUAAUCGAAUAUUGGCUUCUACGGAGCUGUUGGGUCGUCCGGAGACGUGA